CGCCUCAGGGUGAUCCACUUUAAUUGACUUAUUCCAACAGGUUGAGGCUGAUUUCCUUUGCAGCUCACAGACAGAUCAUCACUGAUUGCCCUGGACUCACACAGCAUUUGCUUCUUUGACCAAGACCAGGAUCAAGAAGGAUACUGCAGCCAUACCUCAGACAUAGUCGUCUGUUUAUCACAUUGACAGAGUAAAGGAGGCAACUCCCUGGGUUGAAGCUGUGCGUUAAUUGCCCUUAAAAAGCUCAAGUGCCACAAAUUCCCAUUUUGAUUUGGCUCUAAAACAUCACCAACACAUCAACAAUGGGUAACUCAAAAAGCGGCGCUGUGUCCAAGGAGAUCCUGGAGGACCUGAAACUCCACACCAAGUUCACAGAGACUGAGAUUGCUCAGUGGUAUGAGAACUUCAAGAAGCAGUGUCCAGAAGGGCGCAUCUCAAAAGAGGAAUUCCAGAGCAUCUACAGCAGGUUCUUCCCGGAAAGUGACGCCCAGACAUACGCCCAGCAUGUCUUCCGCUCCUUUGACACAAACGCGGAUGGAACACUGGACUUCAAGGAGUACAUCAUUGCUCUCCACAUGACAUCAACAGGGAAAACCACCAGCAAACUGGAAUGGGCCUUCUCGCUGUUCGACGUGGACAAGAACGGAUACAUCACAAAGUCAGAGGUUAAGGAAAUCUGUACGGCAAUUUUCAAACUGAUUCCUAAAGAUGAGCUGGCUGCUCUGGCUGAGGAUGAAAACACAGCUGAGAAGAGGGCAAACAAACUCUGGAAUGUCUUUGAGAAGGGCGAUAAUGACCGAGUUGCAGAAGGAGAGUUUAUUCAGGGAGUGUUGGACAAUGAAGAUGCCCUCCGUUUGAUUCAGUAUACUCCUGCAAAGUAACUCUUCUACAGAUUCAUUGUAUCUCUCUCCAGUCAUGUCCUUUCCAAUUCACCCUUCACUCUGCUAAUACAAUCACACCUGACAGCACCUUCACAACACACAGCCAGUGUGACAUCAGUUUUUAGUUUACAUUUCUUGAGAAAAUGUAAUUACGGAGGUGUGUUUUAGCAACUCAAACACACAUUUUAAUAUAAUAACAUGUCACAUGCUUUAGUUAAAGUAUUUAAAUAUAGUGUUUUUUACCACUCGCUACCGCUCACUCUUAAUAUAACGUCAUCUUACAGUGCCACGGUCAAGCUGCUGCUCUGCCCGGUGUGUUCCAUACAGACGCUAAAGGGUAAUUUUUGCGUAUUGGUAUCUGACGCUGAGAGCCACUGACCAAGCAUCUGUAUUUUACAAGUUGGGAAUGAGAACGGGUUGGCAAAGUGUAACUGUACCUGGGCCCUUGUUAUUGUCUAAUGUUGUGUCUUUUAUAGUGUUUAAUUCAUCUGACAACAAAAUUAAAACGAAGGUUUAGUAUUCAAAGAAGGUUAAAUUCAAGCGCAACUGGACUUGGUUAAGCUUCUGAAGACAAUUUGUCUCUCAUCCGAAAGACUUCUUCAGUUCUGAAAUUGUAUGAAAUGUAUGAAAUUGUAAUAAAACUUAUGAUGUCAGAAGUCUUUUCAUUCUUCUCCCUUGUAUAUACUGUUGCUGGUAAUAAAAACUAGGAUUGUUGGA